AUGGCAGAUCUGGAUAAAAAAUGUCUCGACCAAAGGAAACAACGGAAAACCAGGACAAGCAAUGGUUAUGGAGGCCAGACGCAGCCACCCCGCAAUAUUUCUCCGAACCAUACGCACCAACCACCCAAUAUAUCGGCUAUAAAGCCGGUCACCGAAGGUGGAAUGUAUGGCACUGAGGAGGGCCAACCAAAGAAACCAGUGAAGCCACCCGCCAGUGACACCCAAAGUGCGGAUGGGCCUGUUGAGCCCACUGCCCAGCCCAAGCAUAGGCCACCGCCCUCGUCGGGCGACCGUGACAUCGAUAUCACAAGCCAAUCUUAUAUUCAGUGGCUCAAGCUCGUCGCUCCUUGGCUGAAAAUAUUUUGUGUUUUUGCAUGA